CAGCCUGACAAAAGUCUUCAUUAAAUGUAAUUUGUCUUCUUCCUGCCCGUCAUGGCCGCCGCUGCUCACCUGCUUCACCUGCUUCACCUGCUUCCCGCUCUCACCUGCCUCUUCUUUACCGUCUUCACACUGACUGUGACGUCACGCAGAGAUGUGCUCGAGCUCGGGGACGCAGACUUUGAUUACCUGGCAAGCGAGCAGGACACCAUGCUGGUCAACUUCUAUGCACCAUGGUGUGCUCACUGUAAGAAAUUAUCUCCUGACUUUGACAAAGCAGCAAGCAAGCUAAAGGGGACAGUCCAGUUAGCCAAGGUGGACUGUACACUUCAUGUGGACAGGUGCAGUCGUUAUGGCAUCAGUGGGUAUCCUACACUGAAGAUCUUCAGGAAGGGGAGAGACUCCGCCCCCUAUGAGGGUCCUCACUCUGCAGAGGGGAUGUAUCAGUACAUGAAGAAGCAGACAGGUCCAGACUCAGUCAGUCUGUGGACUAAAGAAGACCUGCACACCUUCACCCAUCACUGGGAUGCUUCUGUUGUAGGUGUGUUCUCAGGUGAGGAAAGUCCACGUCUGUCUGAGUUCCUAAAAGCUGCAGGACUUCUGAGGGAUCAGUUCCAUUUUGGCCACACCACCCAGAUCAACCUUUCCUCACCUUAUGGACUCCAGUCUGAAGGUGUGUUGUUGUUCAGACCUCCCAGAUUGGCCAAUCAGUUUGAGGACAGCGUUGUGGUUUUUGAAGACUUUCUCACCAUCUCAUCUCUGAGACGCUUCAUCCGAGAUCACAUAUUUGGAUUGUGUCCACACUUGACUCUGGACAACAAGGAUCUUCUGCGAGGUCGCGACCUCUUGACCGCCUUUUACCACCUGGACUACAAACACAACCCCAGAGGCUCCAACUACUGGAGGAACAGAGUGAUGAAGGUGGCGUCCAAGUACAAGGGGCGGGGCCUGACCUUUUCAGUAGCCAAUAAAGAAGACUUCCGGUCUGAGCUGGAGGCUGACUAUGGUCUGGGGUCUUCAGACUGUGGAGAUCUUCCUCUGGUCACCAUCCGCAGCCACGUGGGCCACAAGUACACCAUGAGGGAGGAGUUCACGAGGGACGGCCAGUCUCUGGACCGCUUUCUGGACCAGUACUUUGCCAAGAGACUCAAGCCGUACAUCAAGUCCCAGUCCGUCCCCGAAAAGCAGAGUGGUGCUGUUAAGGUGGUGGUAGCGGAGUCGUUUGACGCCAUCGUUAAUGACCCCAACAAAGAUGUGCUGAUCCAGUUCUACUCUCCAUCCUGUCCUGUCUGCAAGAAGCUGGAAGCAGUUUACACACGACUGGCUGAGACGGUGUCUGCUGAUGGUCACAUGGUCAUCGCUAAGAUGAACGCACUCCACAACGACCUGCCGCCUGGCUACCAUGUACAAGGCUACCCAACAAUCUACCUGGCCCCCGCCGGCAGGAAGGACCCCGCCGGCAGGAAGGACGAGCCUGUUCGAUAUGAGGGGGGCCGAGAACUGCGAGACUUCCUCCACUUCCUGCAGCAGGAAGGCAACAAUGGCGCAUCCAAACAGGAGUUGUGACGGUCUUUACCCGCGUCACAUGACGGGAUGGAUUUAUAUCAAAGGAAGACAUGAAACUGCUACAGGAAAAUACCAAAAAAAAAGAGAAAACGCCAUUAAAAUAGGAGCGCAAGACAAGAAGUAAAACACUACACACAGGAAAACAGCAAAAAAAGUCCAAAUAAGUCAGUAUGUGAUGUGACAGGUGGUGGCAGUACACCUACUUUGAUUGAUUAUUUAUUUAUUUAUUUCUUCAAGGAAAUCACUUUGCAAUCAAAUCAUUCUUUGAGUGCUGAAGUGUUGUUGCUUUUUGUACCAGAAUUACUAUGGGGGGAAAUUAACUGUGUGUGUGUGCGUGUGUGUGCGCGUGUGCGUGUGUGUGUGUGUGUGUGUGUGUGUGUGUGUGUGUUAGUGUGCGUGUGUGUGUGUGCGUGUGUGUGAAUGGAAGUGUAGAUGUUGAUGAUGUUGAUCCUCUCCUGACAUAAAUGACAAAAACUGCUUCUGUAACACCACAGCAAAAUAAGAAUAUUUGUAUAAAAUUACAAAUUGUGAGUUUUUUGUUUUUUUUACAUAGAUACAAGAGGUUACAAAGUAACACAGCAUUAUUCAAAGUACCAUAUAUGGAUAUGGAUAUUAAAUGCAUUGUCACGAACGUGAUGAUUAGGCGGUGUUCGCCGAUAAUGUGAUGUGAUUGGUGGACAAGCCCGUCGGUCAUACUCUAUCGCUCCGCCCAUACUUACAAGACCCAACCCACGCCAGUGUCGAGGUCGUUUAUGUGAUGUGAU